GUCUUUGAUAAAUUCGGAAUUUGUGGAUAAAACUAGAAACUUCCAACAACUCACUCCGUAGUUCAUCAACAUCAUUCAUCAACCUUGUGCUCAUCUCUCUCUACAACGUUCGACUGCAUUCCUUUGGUUUUCCCCUUCUCCAAGAUUCAUUAAUCUUCGAAACUCAACUCUGAUCUUCCUCCAAUUUCUCACAUUCUUUCUCCUCCUUUCUGUGUCUCCAAUGGCUGCCAGAGCCAUCACCUCCACCUCCAGCAAACGGCUGAUUACAAGGUCAGCUUACGCCGCUCUAACUGCUACCAGAACCGCCCCUUCUCCCUACGCUCUUUCCCAUUCUCUCUCUUCUUCCAACUCUUUUUCUGCCCCCACAACAACUGUUCCCAGCAAUUCAGGCGGUUUCGCAAAUGGGGUUUUAGAGAGAGAAUUUUUAAGGAAGUCCAUCAAUGGCGUCGCCUGCAAUUCCUUUCUGGAUCGUCGCUUUUACUCUGCUUCCGCUGCUCCUUCUUCAAGCUCUGGCCAGAUUAAUCAACCAGAGUAUACUGAGAUGGCAUGGGAGGGGGUUGUUGGGGCUGUUGAAGCUGCGCGAUUGAGCAAACAACAAAUUGUCGAGACUGAACAUCUAAUAAAAGCCCUUCUAGAACAAAAGGAUGGUUUAGCUCGUAGAAUUUUUACAAAAGCUGGGCUUGACAAUUCAUCAGUGUUGCAAGCUAUAGACGACUUCAUAUCCAAACAGCCCAAGGUUGGAGGUGACACUAGUGGACCUAUUCUUGGCACACAUCUUGGUUCCCUCUUGGACAGAGCUCGAAAACAUAAGAAAGAAAUGGGUGAUGAUUUUGUGUCAGUAGAGCAUUUGGUCUUGGCAUUUCAUUCAGACCCAAGGUUUGGGAAGCAGUUGUUUCAAAAUUUCAACCUUGACGAGAAGGAAUUGAAGGCUUCCAUUCAAGCUGUUCGUGGAAGUCAAAAAGUAACAGAUCAAAAUCCAGAAGGGAAAUAUGAAGCACUUGAGAAGUAUGGAAGUGAUCUUACUGAAUCAGCAAGGCGAGGUAAACUUGAUCCUGUUAUUGGAAGAGAUGAUGAAAUCCGCCGGUGCAUCCAAAUUUUAUCUAGAAGAACCAAAAACAAUCCUGUUAUCAUUGGUGAGCCUGGAGUUGGUAAAACAGCAAUAGCAGAAGGAUUAGCACAGCGUAUAAUACGUGGUGAUGUCCCUGAACCAUUGAUGAAUCGGAAGUUGAUUUCGCUGGACAUGGGUUCCCUGCUUGCGGGGGCUAAAUUUCGUGGUGAUUUUGAGGAAAGGCUGAAAGCUGUACUGAAGGAAGUUAGUGCUUCAAAUGGGCAAAUAAUUCUGUUCAUAGACGAAAUCCAUACGGUAGUGGGAGCAGGGGCGACUGGUGGUGCUAUGGAUGCUAGUAACUUACUAAAGCCAAUGCUUGGCCGGGGAGAACUUCGGUGUAUUGGUGCAACAACUUUGAAUGAAUAUAGAAAGUACAUUGAAAAGGACCCCGCGCUUGAACGGAGAUUUCAGCAAGUGUUUUGUGGCCAACCAUCUGUAGAGGACACGGUUUCCAUUCUUCGUGGGUUGCGAGAAAGGUAUGAAUUGCAUCAUGGUGUUAAAAUAUCUGACGGCGCUUUGGUUGCGGCUGCUAUACUAUCAGAUCGUUACAUCACUGAAAGGUUUUUACCUGAUAAAGCUAUUGAUCUUGUUGAUGAAGCUGCUGCAAAAUUGAAAAUGGAGAUCACUUCUAAACCUACAGAGUUGGAUGAGAUAGAUAGAGCAGUGCUAAAACUAGAGAUGGAGAAACUAUCCUUGAAAAAUGACACAGAUAGAGCUUCUAAAGAGAGACUUAACAAGUUGGAAAGUGAUCUCACCUCUUUGAAAGAGAAACAAAAGGAGCUAAGCCAGCAAUGGGAAAGUGAGAAGGUUCUUAUGAAUCGAAUUCGGUCAAUCAAAGAAGAGAUCGACAGAGUCAAUCUGGAGAUGGAAGCUGCUGAACGUGAGUAUGACCUCAGUCGUGCUGCUGAGCUGAAAUACGGAACUUUGAUGUCUCUUCAACGGCAGUUGCAAGAGGCUGAAAAGAACCUGGCAGAAUAUCGGGAGUCGGGUAAAUCCUUACUUCGAGAAGAAGUAACUGAUAUAGAUAUUACUGAAAUUGUUAGCAAGUGGACAGGCAUACCCUUGUCAAACCUUCAACAAUCCGAGAGAGAGAAGCUUGUGUAUUUGGAAGAGGUUCUUCACAAAAGAGUUAUUGGACAGGACAUGGCUGUCAAGUCUGUGGCUGAUGCAAUUCGUCGUUCAAGGGCUGGGUUGUCUGACCCGAAUAGACCAAUAGCAAGCUUUAUGUUUAUGGGUCCUACUGGUGUAGGGAAGACUGAGCUUGCAAAAGCUUUGGCUGGUUACCUCUUUAACACAGAAAAUGCUCUUGUACGCAUAGAUAUGAGUGAGUACAUGGAAAAACAUGCAGUUUCAAGGCUGGUUGGUGCACCCCCUGGUUAUGUAGGAUACGAGGAAGGUGGUCAGCUAACUGAAGUGGUGCGACAAAGACCUUAUUCUGUUGUCCUGUUUGAUGAAAUCGAGAAAGCUCAUCAUGAUGUCUUCAACAUCUUAUUGCAACUAUUGGAUGAUGGACGUAUAACUGACGCUCAGGGAAGAACUGUCAGUUUUACUAACUGUGUGGUAAUUAUGACAUCUAACAUUGGGUCCCACUAUAUCCUGGAAACUCUGAAAAAUACACAAGAUAGCAAGGAUGCAGUUUACGAAUUGAUGAAAAGGCAGGUUGUAGAGUUGGCUAGACAGACAUUCCGUCCAGAGUUCAUGAAUAGGAUCGACGAAUACAUCGUUUUUCAGCCUCUUGAUUCCAGAGAAAUCAGCAGAAUUCUUGAGUUACAGCUGAAUCGGGUGAAAGACAGGUUGAAACAGAAGAAGAUUGAUCUUCACUACACAAAAGAAGCUGCGGAAUUACUAGGAACUUUGGGUUAUGACCCGAACUAUGGAGCCCGACCUGUAAAGCGAGUGAUACAACAGAUGGUUGAGAACGAAAUAGCGAUGGGAGUUCUAAGGGGAGACUAUAAAGAAGACGACUCUAUCGUUGUUGAUGUGGAUACACUGUCGUCAGCCAAAGACCUGCCAUCUCAGAAUAAGCUGGUCAUCAGAAAAGUGGAAAGCAGUCCCUUGGAAAAUGUUUUGGUAGCCAAUGACUAAUGUUUCCAGAAAUAUUACCUAAAAAAAUGUAAAUGAAUAGAUACAGUAGAUGUUAAUGGGUUUUACCUACUUUAGAGAUCUCUUGUGGACAGUUUUGAGGUUAGUUACUGUGAAUUAGAUUUCUGCACUACAUUAAAUGAUGAGAUAUGAUAGCAUUUGAUUUUUGUUA